CUUUAAUAGUAGUAACAUUGUAGAUGUUUCUUAGCAUCAAUACCCUUUCCUUUCUCAUUUUUUCACCACUACAAUACAAUUUUCUGUCUCAAAAUACUUGUGUGUAGAAUUAAAGGUUUAAAUGGAGAAUCAAUUGGGUCUUUUGAGAAUUCGUAUCAUCAGAGGAAUUAAUUUGGCCAUUAGAGACUUGAGAAGCAGUGAUCCUUAUGUUGUUGUUAGGAUGGGCAAACAGAAAUUGAAGACUCGAGUGGUGAAGAAGAAUGUUAAUCCCGAAUGGAAUGACGACUUAACGCUAUGUGUUUCUCAACCUAUUCUCCCAAUCAAGCUGCAAGUUUAUGACAAGGAUACAUUUUCUCGCGAUGAUAAAAUGGGCGAUGCAGAAAUUGACAUUAUACCAUUUAUAGAUGCAGUAAGGAUGACACGCUAUAAGAACAUCCCCAAUGGAGUCAUAAUUUCCAGAAUAAUGCCUAACCGGCAGAAUUGCUAUUCAGAAGAAAGCUGUAUUGUCUAUGAAAAUGGCAAGGUUGUCCAAAACGCGUUUCUUAGGUUGAGGAAUGUUGAGCGUGGUGAAAUACAACUCCAGUUGCAAUGGAUACACGUUCCUGGUUCCAAGAAUCUAUAGCUAUUUCUAUUCCAGUUACUAUGGCCAUUAUGUACAGUAUGCUUGCCCUGUGUUUUUUUUUUUGGAAUUUUAAUUGCCGGCCUUGUAAAGAAAGCUAGAUUUUGUAUUUAUCUAUAUGAAUAUUGAUGUUCCAUUAAAAUG